UAUCAAUCCUAUAUGAAGUGGUACUUGCAGAUGCUACCAGACCUUUAUCCAGGUUUUUGCCUCUCAUCUACCCACCACAUCUGUCUUCAUCUUGCAGAACUCCUUGAGGAUUUCGGCCCAGUUCAUGCUUGGAGGUGCUUUCCAUUUGAAAGGCAUAAUGGGAUGCUUCAGAAGAUCUCAACUAAUGGAAAACAUGGUAAG